AUGACGAGUAUCAUCAAUGCCUUCACACCUAGUGCUCUGAGUACUGUCUUACUUUGUGCCUCAAAGGACAGAGAUCAUGACUUUACAACCGUAUACGCUGCGCUUCGAAGACAUUUAAGCACGAACCAUGUCGAUAGGCAUUACAACGAGGGCCACGGCUUUGAGCGGGGCAAGCAUGUCAGUGGAAUGACAAUGAAGAGCCAAAUUGUUGCUUUCACGAUUCCGUACUUCACUUUAACGGACCAUAUUCCAGCCGAGGACUGUGCUCCGUUGUCUCACAGUGGUAUCUUUGGCAUUGGUGCGACUGGCACAAAACACAUUCGAGAAGAGAAAUUUAGUAUGACAUGGGUCGGUGGUAUGUCGGUCGAUGAGCCUUCUUUAAUGAUAGUUUUGAGUCCCUUGGACCCGAACGAUGACGUUCAGGGACGGAGAAUGCCUGUAGUGAGCUGGAUUCGCAACAAUAUUUUUAUGAUCGCACACAUGUGGGGAGAAGUCUUGGACUCGCUCGACGAACAAACGACGCUUCCAAGCUCCGUGACCUUCGAUGACAAAUUAAGACAAGGCAUCCUUUUCGAGGAUCGGAAUUUUACAAACUCCAAGACGUACUUUUGGGCCCUGCAAUCUCUCCGCCUGUUCGCAGAACAUAUAGAUGGAACUCUACGCUCUCUACCGAACAUUUUUAUCUCAACGAACCUUGCAGACGACAGACUUUCAGAUUAUGAUGAGGUGAGAAAAGAUAUUGACCACUAUAAAGAAAAAUUUACCGAAUUACGAGAUCGCAUCGAGCGCAAAAGGCAAGAAAUACAAAGCCUGAGCGACAGUCUUUUCUCUGCUUCAUCAGUGGCGGAAGGUCGACUUGCUGCGGAGCAAAACGGCAAUAUUCGCCUAUUGACGUUGGUGACAAUCUUUUACCUUCCACUGACGCUCGCUACCUCUAUCUACGGCAUGAACGCUCUGCCGAAGAAGGCAGGCCUGGUAUCCUUUUUCAUUGUAACGAUCAUCAUAGCAUCUACUACGUAUGUCAUGGUGUUCAAUCUCCGCCAUAUAAAGGACGUCGCAAACAAAGGACGCCUUAGUAUGCACAGAAAGCUACGCCAUUGGCAAAAGGGCGAUUUGAAGCCUAGGAGAACGGACUCUGGGUGGAGCAAAUCGGCUGCAUGA